CGUCAGCUGCAUAGAUGUCAACGUUCAAAUUUAAAAACCAAACGAUCGUUAACGGAUUUUGCGUGUUUUUAUUGUUUUUGAUGUUUUUUUUUUCUAAAUGUGAUAUGUGGACCCAACACCAUUUGUUGCAUUGAUUCUAAAACGUGAUUUUAAUAAUUUUUUAAGGAUUGUUGUCCUCAUUCAAAGUUAAACUAGUAACAUGUCCAAAAAAACAUUGUAGCUUGUGGGGGUCCGAAUAUAUAACAUAUAACAAUGCCGAAGGUUAAAAAGAAAAGAGUUGAAAAACGUGUGAAUUACGUAGCGAAGGAAAAUACAAGAUUAAGAGGAGCUGAAUUAUUAACAUCUAUUUAUGAUGGGGAUAGACCAAGAUCAACAUCUUUCUCUACUGAGGAUAGACCAAGAUCCACAUCCUUCUACGAUGAAGAUCGACCGCGAUCAGAAUCAGGAUCUUUCAGUAGUAAUCCUAUGGUAUCAAUUAAUAAUAUGGUCCGCACUCCUAGCCCUGAUAUACUCUCAGUAUCUGUGCAAUUAAUUGAGGAGGAAGAUAAGAAGGAGUGCCCUUUGCAAACAACUCCUAAGGGCAAAAGGAACCUAUCUUGCAGAUUUUCUUCCCGUAGUAGAGGUUCAUUCUUCAACCACUCUAGAAACCACCUUUCCCCAAUGUAUUUUAGUAAUGAAAGAAUGAAAAAAUAUAAAUGUGAUAAUGAUUUUCUCAUUGAAGAAGGCAUUGUAGAUUCUCAAUUGAAAGAAAAAGAAAAUAUAUGCGAAACGCCAAAGAUAAAAUAUGAAUCAAUGAGCGUCACUAAGAGAGAUUCAAACCUUGAAGUCGUUGAAGCGAUAAAGGAUAUUCUGGAAAUUAAAAAUAAUGAGGGAGGUUGUUUAGCUCGUAACAAAUCCCAAAAUGAAGUUAUGCAUCUGCAGGGCGUAGUAAAUAUCAACCCAUACAUGGAUUAUCAACAUGUUCAAAUAAAGAGCAACAAAGAAAAUGUGAAUGAAUUAUCAUUUUUCACUCCUGAUUUGUUGGAAUCCAAGCCUGCCUCAACUCCAAUACAUGCUGUGAUUGAAAAGGGACAAACAAAGUUACCCUUUAACGAUAUCAGCAAUGCAAGCUCGAUGACUAAUAAGACAAGAAACCUUAGGGAUUCAGUACUAAGACGAUCUGCCCUAACUCCAAUAAUUGUGGAAGAGCCUUUAUCUGAUAUCAAAGAAGAAAUAAAGGUGCAGAGAAAGGUAACAGAGUUCAUGUCUAAUACAGCACCACCUGGAGAAGAAGCUGCUACAAAGAAUAUGGCUAAGAUAGCUAAAGCUCUGAAUAAGAUAAAUCAAAAGUCCACCUCUUAUGAAACAUUGGUGGAGAGUAGUUCAAACUCUAACAAUGAUACAUUGGGAGCUGUUAAGAAAGUUUUAAGACAUGUGCACAGAUACGGAGCUGUCACAGCAAAAUGGACAAUGUCUCUGUUUUCUGUUUGUAUGAGGUUGGGAUUUUCAGUGAGACCAAAGAUAGCAGCUACGCCAUGCAACCAUUCUCAAGACUUGGAGUCUAUUAAAACAUGCACCUGUAAUAAAUAUCAAGAGGAUGUCAAUAACUUGAAAGAAAAGAUAGUGGAAUUGAGUACAAGUAUAGAAGACUUAAAGAAACAAGUCCUGGAAAACAUACAGAACAAUAGGAAGGUAGAGACGCUAAACGCUACUUUGGUGGAGCUCUCUAAAGACGUUCAAAACCUCAAAUUGUUGAGGGAGGAAAUGGAUAAUCUGAAGAACAGAUUUAACACCAUGAGCUUCUCCACGAUUCAUCAAACUCCCAUGUCUAUUACCAGAGCUCCAGCUCCAGUCGCACCCCCACCUCCACCUCCCCCACCACCCCCUCCACCCCUUCUACUUCAGGUAAAUAAACCGAACCCUUUGAAAAAGAGUUCCGCACUGUCUAAAGCUAAAAGCGAGACACCUAGGCCUGUUAUUUCUUUAGACGAUAUAUUGAAAGUGAAACUGAAGAAAACGUCAGAGCGAUCAAUUACCACUAGAAGAUCAACUGGAAGCCAACCGGAGGUGACUCAGGAUAUGUUGCAGCAAGUGAAACUGCGAAAACCACUUUGCCGAUCUAUGACUCCUUCAAUGCUUCCUAACAUUUCCCCAGAAGGUUCCACUAGCCCUCACUCGAGCCUUAGAAAACUUUUAAGAGACGACGGUAGCUUCAGGAUAAAGCGUUUAAGGAGGGUGGAUGGAUACAGUUUUAACAAUACCAACAAAAAUAAGUUAAGUAGAGAAAGACUAUGAGCUGGUUUCACUUCUCUUUUUAAUAUCGAUUGCGAGAUUUUUAGAUUUAUCGACAAACGCUCCAAAUCGGAAUUUUUAAUUUAAGACAGAUAUUCGUUCAUGUUAAGAUAAUAUAACUGAAAGAUUAAUUUAUAUACCUAAAUAUUUAUAUAUCGAAAUUAUUUAUAUAUCGAUGUUGACUUUUCGAUGGAUACUUUAUAAGCGUAAAUAAAUGCUCGUUGAAUUUUU